AUGGCAGCCGAGGCAGGCGAGCUCAAGCUGCCCUUCGUCCACGAUGACCAGCUCACGCGCUGCAUGCGACUGAGGGUUCAGAGCCUGCAGCAGAAAAAAGGCAGGCCACAGGACGGCGAGAAGCUGCUGCAGCCCAACGAGCACGUCUACCGGGUGGAUUUCCUCCGGCAGCACAACCUGCGCUUCCUCCGCUGGGACAUCCAGCUGGAGAAAUGUGGGAAGGUGACGGUGACAGGCACCUCCCAGCACUGGACUCCCGAUCUCACCCACCUCAUGAACCGGCAGCUGCUGGAGCCCGUGGGCAUCUUCUGGAAGAAGCCAGGGGCCAAGGAAGUGGAGUGCAAUGAGGCCGAUGCCCAGGAGUUUGGGGAGCGGCUAGUGGAGUUGGCCAGGAUCCGCAAGGUGAUGUAUUUCCUCCUCGCUUUCACCGACGGCCUUGAACCUGCUCAGCUGAAGGGCUCCAUCGUUUUUAAAGCCUGA